CCUCACUCAUCUGAACUGCUCCCCUUUCUUCUCACACCAUGGCUCCAACUCUCUUCGGGCUCAAGCCCAUUGCUUUCUACUUGCUGUUCUACAUUGCUUCCUUUGUUCUUCUUGCUCCCUUUGCCACUGCUGAUAUCUGUUCCAAGCUCGAGGCCCUGAAUAUCACUGUUGAGAAGCGCAUCACGGCUAACUAUGACUCCACCCUCAAGAACUACUGGUCUGCGGCCUGCGGUGAUCUUCGUCCGCUCUGCGUGGUGACUCCCGGUAGCGCGCUCGAGAUGUCUCAUGUCGUCAAAGAGCUUCAGGACACUGACGAUCUGUUUGCUGUUAAAUCGGGCGGUCACAAUGCGAACGAGGGCUUUUCAAGCAUCAAAGAUGGGCUUCUGAUUUCUACCAAGAAGCUGAAUAAGGUGAUUUACAAUCCAGAUGAUAAAACGGCUACCAUUGGACCUGGUCUUGCUUGGGAAGACGCGCAGAAGGGACUCGCGGGGACGGGCAGAGCUCUUGUGGGCGCCAGGAUGGGAGGCGUGGGAGUUGGAGGGUGCAUGCUUGGUGGUGGUUGGAGCUUCUUGAGCGACCAGUAUGGCUUUGCCGCCAACAAUGUGGUCAAUUUCGAAGUGGUCCUGGCGAACGGAACCAUCGUGAAUGCCAACAAGGACAAGAAUUCUGAUCUCUUCGGUGCUCUCAAAGGCGGCGGCAGCAACUACGGCAUCGUCACCUCCUUCAAGCUGCAAACGCACCCCCAGAACCACAAGGUCUGGGGCGGAACAUGGACGUUCCCCAGCCACGAGAAAACUCCCGAGAUUCUCAAAGCCAUUCGCGAUUUCGCUGAGCACAACCCGGACGACAAGGCCGCCAUGAUCCCCACCACUGCGUAUUCGGCUACGGUCAAAUCCUGGACCUUCUUCGUCUUCUACGAUGGGCCCCAGCCAUCCAAGGGCGUUUUUGAUAACUUCACGUCCCUCAAGCCCCAGGACAGCACCAAGACAUGGGAUUCGUAUCACGAUCUGUUGAAAUUUAUGGACAUUGGAAUCCUCAGGAAUCAACGCUACACAAUCUCCACCGAAACGCUUCCGGUGCCCAACGCCGCCGCCGGCGCAAAGGUCCUGUCGAUGAUUCAGAAGCACUGGUUCAACAUCACUGACUCUGUCAUCGACGUGCCGGGCGUCAUCGGGUCUCUGGCCCUUCAGCCCUUGUCUCGAAAGGUCGCCCAAAAAGCCAAGGAGCGCGGAGGUGACCUCUACAACUUCCCCACCGACCAAGACUACUUCAUCAUGGGCCUUGACUUCUCAUACUGGAACGCCACCGACGACAAGAGGAUCAAAGAGGCAGAUGAGGCCCUCCUUCGCGGCUACGAGGAGAUCAUUGACGACUUCGUUGACGACAAGCUCCUUCCCGACGUGUAUCGGCCGUUGUUCCUGAGCCAGGCGAGGGGCGACCAGGAUUACUGGGGCCGACUGAAGUCUAAGUCUACCGAGCACGCGAACGCAGUGCGAGAGAGGUACGAUCCGGAUGAUUUCUUCCAGCGACGCGCGAGCGGUGGGUUUUAGUUUUAGGUCGAUCUGGGCGCAAUGUCUGGAUUUUCGAUCUUAUCCUAU